CAAUGUUGUGCGUUGUGCAUAUUUACUUACAGGCACCUUCGAGGACAGCUAGAUAAGUUUACGGAAGAGUAAAUAUUGAAGCGGUGUGGAAUUUGAUGGAUAAAAGAAAUUUUGUUUGUUGUUUAUAGUUUUGCUACGUUUAAAAGUACAAUUUAAGUAAAGUUUCGAAGAGGAAAAGCGAUCAAGAUGCCGAUUUUUGGGCAAAAUCCUUUCGAUCAGGAUGUCGAAAAAGUAACCAAUGAAAACAACACAACAGAGGACUGGAGCCUCAUAAUGGAUAUUUGUGACCGAGUUGGGACAACACCUAAUGGUGCGAAGGAUUGUCUCAAGGCAAUCAUGAAGCGUGUUAAUCACAAGGUUCCUCAUGUGGCCAUGCAGGCACUAACAUUGCUUGGUGCUUGUGUUGCAAACAGUGGAAAAAUCUUCCAUCUAGAAAUCUGUUCCAGAGAGUUUGCCAGUGAAGUACGAAGUGUGCUGAGCAAAGUGCACCCUAAAGUGGGUGAGAAGCUCAAAUGCUUGAUGGUGGACUGGGCUGAUGAGUUUCAGAAAGAUCCACAACUCAGUCUCAUUGGAGCCACCAUCAAAUCUCUGAAGGAAGAAGGAGUAACUUUUCCCUCCUCGUCAUCAAAGAAUAGCAAGUCCAGCAGCACCACUGCCACCAGCCGAGCUCCUGACGAUGAUGACCUUGCCAAAGCCAUUGAGCUAUCCUUGCAGGAGCAGAAGCAGCAAGCAGAAACCCGACCACUUUUUGUGGCAGCUGAUCCUCCUUUUAAUACUAAUGUCAUUAAAGAAACACGUAAAGUGCGUGCUCUUUACGAUUUCGAAGCAGCCGAGGACAAUGAGCUCACCUUUAAGGCUGGUGAGGUUCUCAUUGUCCUGGAUGACAGUGAUCCAAAUUGGUGGAAAGGAGAGAAUCACAGAGGACAAGGACUGUUUCCAUCUAACUUUGUCACAGCCAACUUAAAUGCAGAUCCAGAACCAGUCACCUAUGUAGAAAACACAACAGUUCCUGAGGAGCCAACAGUAGAAGUUGAAGCAGAGCCUGAACCAGUGUAUAUUGAUGAGGGAAAGAUGGACAGAACUUUGAAUUUACUCCAGAACACAGACCCAGCCGACUCCAAACCUGACAGCUCUGAGCUGGUCACAUUGGAGGCUGAAUGUGCACAGAUGAAUCCUCUGAUAGAUGAGCAAUUACAGGAGAUUGACAGGAAGCACUCUGAGAUGUCUGAGCUGAAUGUGAAGGUGCUAGAAGCCCUGGAGCUGUAUAAUCAUUUGAUGAAUGAAGCUCCUCUGUAUGCCGCAUACUCAAAGAUGGCGACUCCUCAGGGGACAUAUCCAGCUGCUCCUCCUGCUGUAGCUAUGCAGGGUUACCCAGGCCAACACUCAGGGGCUUACAUGCCUGGUGGCAUCCCACAAGGCUAUAGUCUGGGCUCAGACCAAGCUGCCCCCCUCUCCUCGCUGCCCCCCACUGUGACCUCUACAGCCCCGAGUCAACCAGCACAGUCUCCCUACAUCAGUGGUUUGGGCGCAGCAUAUAUGAACCAAGCUCCUAGCACUUACCCGCCGCAGAUGGCUGUGGACAUGUCAUCUUAUCAGAAUGCUAAUCCUGGUAUGCCUCCAACCACUUAUCCAGUGGCACCUCCUGUCCAUCCUUCACCCCAGCAGCAGACAGCUUAUUACCAACUGCCCCUCCUAUAAAGCUGUACAUAUCACUAUAAAUGCAGUCAAACUCUGAAAUCGCCUGAUGUUGUGGAUGGACAGUGGUAAACAUCUGACUUAGCAGCACCUCACUACUUAACCAUUUGAAAACUUCAACUAACGGCCUUUGAGGGGUGAUUGACAAUUUUCCCUUUUUUUAAACAUAUUUCAUAUAAAUGUGCAUCAUUGUGGUUUUCUAAUAAUAAGAAUAUACAUCAGCUUUCACCAGCAUUCUAUAUUCAUAUCUGAAGAGUUAAGAACAACAUAAUUAAUAGGAAAGCGUGUGGGAUUCUUUAAUUAUUAUUACUAUUUUUUUUUAUUUUAUUGUUUUUGACAGAGAAUUUGUUUUCUUUCACAGAUUGGCAAUUAUUUUGUCAUUUUGCUGCCCUUAAGAUUCCUAUAUAAUUCAUAAAGACACAGUAACAGAAAUGUUCACAAACCUCCACAUUGUUCAAAUAAAUGAUACUGCCAUGACGGCAAUGGUUAAUGGUUUAUUUCCAUGUUUCUAUGGACAGUUUAAAUCCAGUUGAUACUGUAGUGCUGAAAUCAGACUGCUGUUCCAUGAGGAAGCAGUAGCAGUUAAGGACCAUCGCAGUAGGGUGUUGAAAUCCGAUGCUCACGUGAGCAGGGUUUUUAUAAGACCAGUGCUUUGAUAUUAGCUGAACCAUGUACCAUUUUAUUGUGCGAGUUAUAGUAAGCUCUUUUUUUUCUCUGUAGUUCUAUUUCAUUAAUUUAACUUUUAUGAAUAAAUCAUGGUGAUGCUUUCAAAUGAAAAUAUAAGUGAUGCCUUAUAUGGCUAUUAUGUGUGAAAUUCUUUUUUUUUUUGUCUGUUAGACGUAUGGAUGUAAAAUAUAUUUUGAACAUCUGUAAUGCUUCGACCAAAUGAUUACCAUUACGUAAGGAUUAUUGAAGACUCUUUUGUUCUUUCCUAAUGUGCUUCAUGAGAAGACUAAUAUCCAACUGAAUAUAGUCUAGAAGAUCCUUAGUUUUUCAAAUUGAAAUUAGAUAAUUUUACAUUUAAUUUGUUAAAGAAAACUGAGCAAAACCAGUGUCCAGUUUGUAGUAUAAAAUAGACAACAUGUUAAUGUAUUUUCUUAACCUGCCUCAGUUAAUAUAUUGUGUACUCAUUGUAAAAUAUUUGGCUUUACCGUAUGAUCAAAAUCUGAGGAUAUUAUCUGUAUGAUAAUCAUUUACCAACAGAUGCCUUGUUCUGUCAGAUGACGGAAGUCACAUAAGAGCAUGCAAUUUUUUUUUCUUUUUGAGAAAUUAUUUUCAGAUGCUGCUGUAUAUGUGUAAAAACUUGUAUGUUUUAUGAGAUUUAAAUAUUUAGGUAAAUGUUACUGUAUAAGCCUGUACAAUUCUGGCAGAUCCAAUGUUUUAUAACACAACAUUCAAGUUUGGGAUUACUUUUGUAACAGUAAAUAUCUUUCCAAAUAAAUUUGCCCUCUGUUCCAAAUUAA